AUUAUUAUCUGUCGUUGCCAGCUCUACGGAAAAUCGAUCCAAAAAAGCAACUGGGGACAAAAAGAAAAUCGACAACAAAAACGAAAAUUAUACCAUUUUUAAUUUUUUUAUGCACCAAAAACCAAAUGAAUUAUUGGAUUAUUCGGGUUUAUUCGGUUUUCUAUUUCGGGUCCUUCUCAAACCAUCGUAUAGUUUCCUUGUACUCCUUUAUCCAGCAAGAAAGCCACACGGGAAUCAAGCAGCCUCAGAAACAAGUAUCACGAAGAAAGAAACAUACUAGAAAAAGAAAUAGGAACGACCGGUUCAAUCUGAAUUCUGAACCCACAAAUCUUUUUUUAUGUGUCAAAGAGUUCAAAACUACUGAGAUUGAGCUACUAAUCAGGGCGUCUUUGAUCUCAGGUUGUAAUGAUCAUAAAAGGGUUGUUCAGAAGAUAUGAAAGAUGGAACCCAGUUCAUCCAACUUCUGGAGCCUUGUGGGGCAUGGGAAUAGGAGUCGGUUGUGGUGUUGGAUGGGGUCCUGGUUUUGGCCCUGAGGUAGUUGGUUAUGUUGGAGCUGGCUGUGGUGUUGGAUUUAGUGUUGGCUUAACUUUGGCUGGUUUUGGCAUUGGUCUUCCUGCAAAUUUUCUCUUUGAAAUUCCUUACAAUGUUUUUAUGGCAACAAGAAGCGGCCUAUCGGGUACUGCUAGAUUUAGAGGUACUCUUUCCUCAAAAAAUUUUGUUGGAGAGGGUUGGAAUGCCAUUGUGCCUCACAUCUCAGGUCUGCAAAGAGAAGCUAGUGGAAGAUUAUCCAACUUUAAGCAAAAUGAUUUAUUGAACAUGAAGAGAAUGUUGUCUAUGCAUGCUAGUUCUAUGUGGGAAAGUUUCCGGGUUUCUGGUGAACAAUUCUUCCAGCCAGGCAAAAGCAAAGGUUCGAGAGAUUAACACCAUUUACAGUCCCCACUACUUUAAUUCUUACAUUGUAAGAACUGUAUGAACAUUCUUUAUUUAUUCAUCCAAAGUUUAUUUGUGUUGUAAAAUAUUCGCUGGCCAUUAUAAUAUUAUAUCAUAGCAAACACUCAGAGAUUUGAUGUAAAAACCACCUUCCAUCGGACCCAGGUUUUAAAAUGCCUUUGAAACCUACGGUCUAUAGUUUUGUAAGGGCCAUUGUUUAUACCAAAAAAUGAAGUUUCUCUUCCAAAUGUUGCGAACUCA